GCAUAUACAAGAGCAUGGUUCGAAUGAGUGUGGAAACGUUUGUUUUACAAAUUUUCAUACAAAAAACGUAAAGACCAGACUGUUUAUAUGUGUGUACACUAUUUGCACGGUAUAUCAGUUCUGUUUUCUAAUUGCCUUUUCCACUUGAUGACUACUGAAUGCUAUCCGUAUCAAUAAUAUGCGUGUGUGGGGGAGAGAGAGAUGGAGAGAAAAUGAGACGGAGAAAGAGCACGAUGCCCCAGUAUUGUUGGCAUGUAUUGUGUAAAAUUAUUAACCAGGACAACUUCACACUAGUUCAACACAAAGAUCGUCUUCUUUUUAUUUCAUUGUUUUUAUCAGUUUCAUUUUAAACUGACAGCUUUGGCCAAUAAGUCAAUUGCUUUGUUUCACACACAAGCCAUAAUGGAAAUUCAACAACAUUAAAACUUUGAAAACUGUCAAAACGAUGCAAAUAUUGUUUGAGAUACAUUCGUACUGCCGGCAAUCAAACAAUUCGAAGAAAAUUGAAACGAUACGUAAAUUAUAUCGUACAUUUUAUUCAAUAAUGAUCAUAUUUAAAUGGUCAUUUGGUUUUUAAUUUAUCAAUCAAUACACAUACAAUAAAAUACCGUACAAUUCAAAGGUAAAAUAGUGUAGCCUAUUUGGAAGUGAUUCAAUUCAACUCAAAAAAAAAAAAUUGUUCUUGGACAUUGUGUACUAGCAUCGGAAUGCCUAGUCUGCCUGGUUCAAGCAAUUCAACCACUACAAUGGACAAUGCAAAUAAAACUAGUUUAAUCAAUGCAAUGAUAUUACGAGCGUGGCGAGAGCGAUGGGAUGAUGCACAGUGGGGUACAUACAUCAAAUCGGUUCUGCCAAAAGGUGUAUCAGGUGAUGCCUAUGAUUUGGCUGACAAUAUCUUGCAACAAGCCGUCAUUGGUUCGGAUGCCAACAAAUUGGUAUUAUCUUAUCUUCGUCAUUCGCUGUGUUCGCGACAAAUUUCACAUUCUGCUGUUAUCAAACGAAUCGCAAAGUUUGAUGGCUUCGAUCGACCAUAUUGUAUAAUUGCACUUCUGGAUUUUGUUGAUUCAAUCAUGAAUGGUGUAACGUGUCGAACAAAAAAAGAGGAAACCACACUUCCAGGUUCACUGUUAGAAUUGCUGCAUUGGUUGGCACAAGUAUUUUCAUCGGUGUUGGAGGCUCAAUUCAAAAGCGAAUUUAUCACACCACAGCAUCAAGAGAUUCUAAACAUUUUGACAAAAUUACUCGAAAAAAUCGUUGCCAAUCAAUUUGUGGUGGCAAAUAUUUAUGUUGCCAAACAAGAUGAUUCGGAAUUUAUGAAGAAAUUACAUGAAAAAACAAUUCAAUUGAAAAACCUUGUGAAUAAUCAAAAGUGUGCUGCCCUGCCUAAAGUAAACACCAUCGAAAGAUUGCUCAAUAAAUUGAUUGGCGUUAAAUUGGAUGGUGAAAUUCUCGAGAGAAAUAACGCAUUACUUGAUGAAAAAAUCGAAACGAUAACAUACUGUUUACAGCCAUACAUUGCGGUUAAUGUGCUGCUGCAUCCAAAUUGUAGUACACAAAAAUAUGCAUCACAUUUGAAAAUGGUGCAGCAGUUGAAGAAUUAUCCCAUGUCACGUGUGUACAGCGAAUUAAUUCGAUCGGCAUUGAUUUCGUUGCAAAAUGUUAGCAAAGACAAUGAUAUUUGUCAAGAAUCAAUGUGGUAUGCAUUCACAUUUAUACGGGUGCCGCACAUUAUCAAACAACUCCAUUCGAAAAAUGAAAAUUCACCGGAUGUGGUAAAAGCACUAGAAACAUUAAUCGAUGAUCCAACAUUGGACUAUUUGGACACAACAUGCACAUGCAAUACCAUCGAGUAUUUGCUAAAAGAAUUGAAUAAACACAAUUUGAUCAGUGCCCAACAUGUGCAACAAUUUGCAUCACAACGUGAUCCGGUGAUGGUGUCAUUGUCAAAACUUGAUUUAAAUCAUCAACCAUCAUCGAUAAUAGAGCAAUUGAAAAAGGCUGAAUCACCACUAAAUGGAAUACUUAAAGCGUUGGACAAUGAUUAUAAUAAAAUGCAAGAGCAAGGAAUGUUGGGCAUGUUAUGUGGCCUAUUAUCCGGCAACAAUUUCGAAUUAAUUCUAUCCGUAGCCACAAUGGAAGGUCAACUCAAGACAUUUGUUACGCGAUUGAUACGAUGGAAUGAGAAAUCAAAGCAGGCCAUUGCCGAAGCAAAUGAUACAACAUCCGCAUUGUUUGACGUUACAUUUUUGAUGUUAACAUUCAUUGUACAAAUGUAUGGUUCACAUGUUGUAUUGGACGGUAAUGGCGAAUCAUUCUUCGAGAAAUGGGUUCGCGAUUUUAUGAUUGAAAAAACAAAAAAUAAAUCAGCCAUGAAUAUGGUGCAUCAAUGUGAACAGAAUAAGGUCGAUGAAUUUCUAACAAGUAUCAGCUCAAAUGAUGCAUCAAUGACAAAAAUGUCCAAUUUGCGAUGGCAUGAAGUCUGUUUAAUAUUGCCCGGUGUUUUGUACCAAUUAUUGGUUGCAUGGGAGAAUGAUACAAUAUCAGCGGCCGAUGUAAAAGUUCAUUUAGAUAAUAUCAAGAGUAAAUUGUGCACGUAUUCGAUUUGUGCCGCUUCAUGGUUGUGUUCAUACAUGCAAAUUGUGCGUGACGAUGAAUUAUUGAAACCAUUGAAUAUGGUUCAACAAUUGAUGACACUCACCACCAUUAGUGAUGAACUUAAAGCGACCAACAAUUUUCGCGAACGACUCAAUUUGACCAGCCAAAUUAUACGAAAAAUGCAAACAGAUGCACAUCAAAAUCAAAAUGUACGAUCGCCAAUAUUGAACAUUGUAUCGAAUCAACCGUUGGAAGAGCAAUUUCAUGAAGUUUGGAGAACGGUUUCGAGUCGCGGAUGGCUUUCGAUUAAAGCAGCCCAAGUACUAGACAAUUUACUUCAAUCAUGCGGCCCAUAUUGGCUCGUUUCAAAAAUGGUCAACGAAGUUCUUUAUUGUAAAUUUUCAAGGGAUAUCAGCAAAUCAAUGGACAUCGUAUUUGCCGUUAUGCAUCUGAAUAUUCAAAAAUGUACAAUAACAUUGCUCUCUGAUCUACUUCCAAUGAUUUUAUUGAAUAAAACACAAAAAUUUGAAUUAAUCGAACCUCAAUUGUCGGUGUUGGCUCGAUUAUGCGUUUAUUGUAUCAUGUCGUCACUUGAGAAGAAUGCGACGAUCAAGUCCAAGAGACCAUUCAAUGGAAGUGAUACAAGCGAUGAACGUGCAUCAAAAGUGCGUAAAUUAGAUGAUUCGUUAUUGGAAAUUUUAUCUGAUGGUCAAGAGAGGGCAGAAAAUGUAACAAAUGGUGACAACGAUUCAAAUUCAACCAGUUCAUCUUCAUCUCGAAUAAAUGAACCGCUGAAAGCAUGCUUACAAGAUCUAUUCCAAACCCUAUACAAAUUAACAUUUUCAAACGAUUUGACGCCGAAGGUCUUAUUUGUUCAUCAAUUUCUUACCUACUUACAUCGCUGUAGUGGCGAAACAAUUAUGUCAGUUUUGAAUCUGAUUCCAAGUGGAUUAAUGAGGAAUCUACUCAAAAUUACAAAUGGAAGUCAUUACAACUAUGACUUUGUAUUGAGAAUGUACGAUACGAGUCUAGAGACUGGAAGACAGAAUGCCAUUGCCGAUCUGAAUGUCGUUCAAUCAAUUCAACACCAAACACAGAAUAGAAUCCAGUUCUAAUUGAUUGUAAACGGUGAUUUAUUUUUAUCAAUAGCGAUACUGCGAUUGCAGAAAAUGUCUCAUGUAAAAUUUAUAUAGAAUUUAUGAUUAAAUUUUUGUUUAUCACCAUGCAAAUGGUAUGGUAUGUUCAUUCAUUUAUUUAAA